CGUUGGAUGUUGCUUUCCAUCAGCUAUUUUUAUUGACUGUAUUCAACAAAAACGAAUACAUGAACACUAUUUUUUAAAAUAGCCCGCUCCUCCUCGAAGCAAACUGGGAGCCUGAAAUCGCGGACGGAGUGUGAGACGGUCUGCAGAUCAGUAAGUGAACAAAGGAAAAAGCUCAAACUUGUAGUUUGUGAUCAGGGAAAUGGCGCAGCAACAAAUUAAGCUAGACCCAAAAAAGUUGUGUUGUUCGAUCUGUCUGGAUCUCCUGAAGCACCCGGUGACUAUUCCCUGUGGGCACAGCUACUGUAGGAGCUGUAUUCAAACGUGCUGGCUGGAAGAAGAUCAGCAUAAGACCAGUAGAUGUCCUCAGUGUCGGCAGGCCUUCGCGCCGAGGCCUGUCCUGAUGAAAAACACCAUGUUAGCAGAUUUAGUGGAGGAGCUGAAGGAGGCUGGACUCCAAGCUGAAGAUGUGGUCUGUGAUUUGUGCACUGGCAGGAAACUGAAAGCCCUGAAGUCCUGCCUGGAAUGUUUGGCCUCUUACUGUGAGGAACACCUUCAGCCUCACUAUGAUGCAUCUGACUUGAAGAAACACACGCUGGUGGAUCCCUCCGAGAAGCUUCAGGAGAACAGGCAGAAACAAAUCCAGCAGAGAAUCCAGCACAGAGAGGAAGAGGAGAAGAUGCUUCAGCAGGACAUGGAAGCCAUCAACCGCUCUGCUGAGGUAGCAGUGGAGGACAGCCAGAAGGUCUUCACCGAGCUGAUCAGAUUGAUUGAGAAAAGAAGCUUGGCUGUGCAGCAGGAAAUUAGAUCCAAGCAGAAAACUGAAGUGAGUCGAGUCAAAGAGCUUCAGGAGAAUCUGCAGCAGGAGAUCAACGAUCUGAGGAGGAAACAUGACGAUCUGGAUCAGCUCUCGCACACACGGGAUCACGUUCCGCUUCUACAAAAUGACCCCUUGCUGUCAGCUCCUGGUGAAUCCACCGUUAGAAACUGCGCUUUGAAGCAAUUUGAAGACGUGAUGGCAGCCGUGUUAAAGCUCAACGAUAUGCUGCAGAAAAUUCUGAUUGACGAUCAGAUGGAAAUCUCACUGACAGAGACUGAUGUGGACAUUAUCUCCAUAUCCAGAACCAAGACCAGGCCGGAUUUCUUAUUAUAUUCAUGUGAACUCACGCUGGAUCCAAAUACAGCAAACAGACAGCUGUUGCUGUCUGAGGGGAACAGAAAAGUAACAAGUGUGAGACCGAAACUGUCUUAUUCUGAUCAUCCAGACAGGUUCACUGGAUGGUGGCAGGUCCUGAGUACAGAGAGUCUGACUGGACCUUCUUACUGGGAGGUGAAGUGGAGCGGUGGGAAAAGAGUUUGUGUAGCAGUUGCUUGCAGGAAUAUUCAGAGAACAGGGUACAUCAGUGAGUGUAGAUUUGGAUACAAUGACCUGUCCUGGGCUUUAUAUUAUGAUAGAAACACGUAUCACUUCAGACAUAACGGCAUUGGAACUGUAGUUCCGGGUCCUCGGGCCUCCACAAUCGGAGUGUAUCUGGAUCACCGUGCAGGCGUCCUGUCCUUCUACAACGUCUCUGAAACCAUGACUCUCCUCCACAGAGUCCAGACCACGCUCCCUCAUAUGCUGCAUGCUGGACUUUGCCUUUAUUCUGAAGUCUCUGCUGAGAUGUCUGAGCUCUGAUAGACUGAAGUCAUUUUACACACAGUGGAGUAGAUUCUGUGUAGUAAUAUUUCACAUGUUUUGUCUUUUCAUUAUUGAUCUUUUUAGUUUGUUGGACUGAAGGUACAAAAGGAUUGUCAUCAAGAUUCAUCCUCGACGCACCAUUCAUUUUUUUUUUUUUUUUAUCGAAACCUGUCCAGUGAAAUUUCCUGAAGAUUGGUGGGGACAUUUCUUGGGGUAUGUCUGGACAUGAUAGUUUGGAUUUCUGGAUUGAAUUUUCCUGGGGUCCCCCAAGACCUCUCAGAAGGACAAAAAAGAGAAAGAGAGAGCCAGGGGGAUAAUUUUCGUAUUUCUAAAUUAAUUGC